UAACUCUCACUCUUUCACACACUCAUUUAAACUCCCUAACCAUCCACUUUCUAAAACCUCUUCAUUUCAUUCUUAUUCUUCCAUUCUCAUAACACAAUCAUCACCACACGAAUGGCUUCAAGAUCAGCCCGUUGGCGUCAGAGUUGGGCACCACAGCCAUUAACACCAUUGAUGGAAGGUCCUGACCCUGAAAUGCAAGAAGAAGGAGGCAAAAAAGAAAGCUCUUGGGAAACUAUAAGGGAAUGGUUCAAAGCUCAGAAAAUUUCCCCUAGUGGAAACAUUUCAUCACAAUCAUUUUAUGGAACCAUUCAUGCUAAGACACAAGAUUUGAGGUUAUUGCUUGGUGUCUUAGGUUGUCCCUUGGCUCCUAUUCCUUCAGAUCAUGAUCCUGCUUUAAGUAUUCAUCACAAUCAUAUCAAAGAUACCCCAUUUGAAACAUCAACAGCUAAGUACAUCAUACAACAAUAUUUAGCUGCAACAGGAUGUUUGAAACAACAAAAGGAGAACAAAAACAUGUAUGCAACAGGGAUGGUGAAGAUGAUUUGUUGUGAAACGGAGAUAUCAUCAGGAAAGAAUGUAAAGUGUUUAGGGACAAGAAGUAGUGAAAAUGGUUGCUUUGUACUUUGGCAAAUGUUGCCAGGAAUGUGGUCUCUUGAAUUGGUUGUUGGUGGCCAUAAGAUUGUUGCUGGUAGUAAUGGUAAGACUGUGUGGAGACAUACCCCUUGGUUAGGUACACAUGCUGCUAAAGGCCCACAACGCCCAUUACGUCGCAUUAUUCAGGGUUUGGACCCAAAGAGCACAGCAAGCUUAUUCACAAAUGCACAAUGCUUAGGUGAAAAUCGAAUCGGAAACGUUGAUUGCUUCGUCCUAAAGGUAUGUGCAGAUCGUGAGACUGUGAUAGAAAGAAGUGAGGGACCAGCAGAAGUAAUAAGGCACAUUCUAUAUGGCUACUUUUGCCAAAAAAGUGGACUCCUCAUAUACCUAGAAGACUCACAUCUCACUAGGGUUCCAACACAAGAAAGUGAUGCAGUUUAUUGGGAGACAACAAUAGGUAGUAGCAUUGGUGACUAUAGAGACGUUGAUGGGAUCUUGAUUGCACAUCAAGGUCGGUCCAUCGCGACGGUGUUUCGAUUCGGUGAACUCUCGAUGCAGCAUAGUAGAACCAGGAUGGAAGAGAUUUGGACCAUUGAUGAUGUUAUGUUUAAUGUACCUGGACUCUCCAUGGAUCAUUUCAUUCCUCCUGCUGAUAUUCUUGACAAUAUAAAUUCUCCAUGAUAAUAAAAAAUAAUGAUGCAGUGUAUUGGGAGAUCAACAUAGGUAGUAGCAUUAGGUUUUUAUUAACUUUUUUUUUUACUUUUAAAGGCAAUGUGAAUUGUAACUUUACUUUGGAGGGGGUAUAAUUAAAGUAUUGGUGGGGGGUGUAAUCUUUUUUGUCUUUGCUUUUGUUAAUUAAGUUUUUAAUUAGUAGUAUGUAUUAUGUACUUCAAGUCAUUAAGCUCAAAUGACAAAAUCAAGAGGGGAAUGGAAUAAAUUGAUCAACUGGUAAGAGAAUGGAACAUAUUUUAUGUACUUCAUUAUUUGGAUGAAAAGUGUUGGAUAUUGA